UAAGUACACAAAUAAAAGAAAAAAAGUGAAAAAAAAAAUUAAGUUUUUGAAAAAUUCCAUCAAAGCUUUGGAUAUUUGAUUCAUCGAAUACUAACAAGUUUAAUAGGAUAAUGUCAUUCUUAAGGGUUUCAAGGCAGUUGUACGCUCCUAUAAGUAGGAUAUGCGCUCCAAGAGGCAUAAAUUACACCAAAACAUUUGCAUCAACAUUCAUUAGACAGAACUCAAGCACAUCAUCAACUGCACAGGCCAGUCAAGAUAUAAGUUUGGCAGCCCAAGUUUAUCCUAUAGACCAAGAAGCCAUCACCGAAGAAGAUGUCGACUCGUGGUUGCAAGCCGUUCAUGAAUUGAAAACCGGGAAGACCAAUGCCGAAACCAAACAAGAGAUUUACUUACAACAGUUGGUGAAUCCCGAACCAUUUUUAAAGGAAGAAACACAGUUUGUUCCAACCCAAGAGCAAUUAGCCGAAGUUGCAUCAUUUGAAUCGAUCAAAGUUCCUUUACUAAGCGAUCCGUUAGUUGACAAUAUGGUCAAUUUGAUCAUGAGACACGGUAAGAAAUCAAGUGCACGUAAAGUAGUAAAUCGUGCUUUAUAUAUUGUUUAUUUAAAAACUAGAAAAGAUCCUUUGGAAGUUUUAUAUGAAACCAUUGAUAAAUUGGCUCCAUUAACCGAUACCAAGACUCAAAAAACUGGUACUGCCAAAAACAAAACUGUUCCAUAUCCUUUGACUACAAGACAAAGAAAUAAAUACGCCAUCGUUUGGAUAUUGGAAGGGGCCAGAAAUAAAAAAUCCCCAACCCUUUCGGUUAGAUUGGCUGAAGAAAUUUUAUCUGCUUAUGAUGGUAAAUCAGCUGGUUAUGCUAAGAAAGCUCAAAUGCACAAACUUGCAGUUUCUCAAAGAGCCACCGUAAGAAUCUAGUCUUGUAUUUAACCUUGUAUAUAAUAUAAUAUUGAUGUAA